CAAUGAAUUUGAUUAGAAUUCAUGACUUCAACCGAAAUGUAUAUGAAUACAAUUUCAGUAAAGCAUUGAAUACAUGUUCGUGGCUAUUCAACGUCAUUCCACUUCGUUGCGUGUUUUCUACUCAGUUUAUUUCCAUUAGUAAAAUGAUAUUUGGUUGCCAAAAAUUGCAUUUUCCAUUGACAUUUCUAGUUGCAAAUGUGUUUGCAGCGGCGAAUAUGAUUGAUGAUAUCGAUCAUUUUAUUGCUAAAGUUAUGGCUGGAAUUGAACUGACAACUGUGUACACUGUUUCUUUUGGGAAAAAUUAUCCGCCAAUCGAUCAAGAUGUGACAUUUUGGUGUAUGGCACCUGGACAGGCUGACGUGAAUCAAACCUAUCUCAAUGAUCCAGAUAUUGCAUCGAAAAUAGACCUAACGAAACCAAUGAGUUUUUUAAUUCAUGGUUGGCUGGGCGGCUUAAACGGUGGCAAUAUGUAUUUACCGUCCGAAGGCGGAUCAGGAAAGGGCUGGGUGCGAUCAUCCGCAGCAAGUUGGGCUCGUUUUGCCAAUUGCAAUGUGUGUGCAGUAGACUGGAGCCGAUUGGCUAACUAUGAUUAUUCGGUAGCUGCGAUGCGACACACGAAAAUGGUAGCUGAUGCCCUUGAGUAUUUCGUACGAUUUUUGAUCGACAAUGGCGUGGAUAUUGCAAAAGUAAAAAUCGCGGGUCAUAGCUUAGGGUCUCAGAUUGCUGGAUUUAUCGGAGAGAAAUUUAAAGGAAAAAUCGACUCAAUUUAUGGACUAGAUCCCGCUGGACCGGGUUUUACUUUUCCAUUUGAUUUGGGUGAAUCGACGCGGCUGGACCCAUCUGAUGCACAGUACGUGCAGUGUGUGCACACAUCUCGAGGCACUCUCGGCACAACGAAAGACUGCGGACACGCAAAUUUUAUCAUGAAUGGUGGCUACAUUCAGCCGGGUUGCUUUUCGGUGCUAUGCAGCCAUUCGCGAGCGCACGAUUUCUUCGAAGAGGCACUCGAUCCAGCAAAUGAAUUUAUUGCCGAGCAAUGCAGUGGUUCAUUUAAAUUAUUUUUUAAGCAUACAUUCUUGCGACAACCAUGCAGCGAUAUUACCGACCGACUUGGGAUACACAGCCAACGAAUACCUGGACGAUUUUUUAUGAAAACAAAACCUUCUGCACCAUAUUCGGUUACACAAAUACAUGCCUAA